GCUGUGGCGCUCGCGCCUCUUUGGAUUCAGACACCUUAUAGACAAGAAGACAGCGCGCGCACGACUCACGUGCGGAGGUAAAAUGCAGCUGAACAGGAUGAGUCUGUUGAGUCGGGCGCUGGCUGGAGUCUAACAUUAGUCUGGGAGCAGAAGAAGAGCCAUGAAGAAACACCUGAGCCCUACGAAACAGCAGCAGCAGCCGCCGCCGCCACCACCGGCUGAAGUCCCGGUUCCUGCCAGCGAGGUGACGGUCCAGCAACUCAACGAGCUCCUGUCCGACGGCAACGGCUUUUACAGCCUACCGACACAGCACUUCAACGAGGUCUUUCCCAGGAUAUACGUCGGUAACGCGUUUGUUGCUCAGAAUGCAAUGCGUCUGCAGAAACUUGGGGUGACGCAUGUCUUAAAUGUAGCAGAGGGCACCUCCUUCAUGCAUGUCAACACCAGUGCGGAUUUCUACGCCGGCACGGGCAUCUCGUAUCACGGGAUCCAGGCCAAUGACACCGAGCAGUUCGACCUCAGUGCCUUUUUUGAGGAGGGGGCUGAUUUUAUCGACAAGGCCCUAGCACACAAUAAUGGCAAAGGGAAGGUGUAUGUACACUGCAGAGAAGGCUACAGCCGCUCCCCCACCAUGGUUGUUGCUUACCUCAUGCUGCGCCACAGAAUGGAUGCCCGGCUGGCGGUGGCCACUGUGCGGCACAAGAGGGAGAUCGGUCCUAAUGAUGGCUUCCUCCGCCAACUGUGCCAACUCAAUGAAAAGCUGGCAAAGGAGGGCAGGCUGAACGGGGACAUGGGCAAAUUGAAGGCCAAGUGAAAGCUGGAGGGGCGCUGCCAUGUCUCCUCCGGUCAUGCCUUUCACAGGCUGCAGCUGCUCUGGUAGACUGACCCCACCCUGACCAAACCAGCACUCAUCUAACACAUCAGGGGUAUUCUGAAGCAUACAUGCAUUUAUCUGUGCAGUUAUUCCUUGUGUUCACACACACUUGUACAUCACAUGAUAUUUUCCUUGGAAUCUUUAGUCCACUCCUCUCGCUGCUGUUCUACAAAGAGUGUGAUCUCAAACCCCCCCAUCCCCAUUUUUUAUAACACCACACAGAUUUUGCUGCUCAUACCCUAAAGCUCUGAAUUCCUCAUUUCUGAGCUACUUAAAGCAUUCCUUCAAUGCCCACAAUUUAGAAAUUUGAUGUCUUUGCCCUGAUUUUUAAAUUUUACUUAGAAACUUGUAGAAAAUAGAAGAUUAUAGCACAAUCAUUCCAUAGUUUUCCACUGCCGGGAAUGUCAGUGAUGUCUCCGCCAGCAGGAGUGCUCCAAAUAAUUCCAAAUAAACUACUUAAUAUUUGAGAGUUGGUGGUCGCAAAUGAUGCAACACAGAGUGGAUGAAGGAAAAUCCCACAUUCCAUGGAAUUUUUAGUACAAAUGACACCCAGUCUCAAUCCUUAAAAUCCUUCAAAAUUCUUUAUCUUCCACCUGUUGGGAGAGAGAUUUAAUGCACAAACGCAGAUGACUCACUCUCUAAUGCACCCUAAUGCAUUAUAAAGCAUUUCAGUUAACAGACUCUCAGGCCUCUGGUUCGACGGUGGUAGCAUGAAAUGCAUCUGCAGUACAAACGGUUGUCGCCGGAGCCGCCGCUGACGGGGAACUGCAAAAGGUCAAGCUAAUUAAAAAUGAUGAGCUGCCUGGGAUCUUCAUGUAGCAGCCAUAUUUAGAUAGGAGCUCAGUACAGUCGAUGCGGUAAUCUGAGGGAAACGCUGGAUCGAAUAUCCACAUAAAAAGGGGGAAAUGUCUCAAUUUUAAGUUUAUAUUUGCUUAUUUUUUUUCUGGGGUGAAAUUCAGAGAUGAAAAUCAUAAAUUCACAAGAUAAAACUUGUAAUUUUACAAUAGGAAUGAAGCAAGAUCCUUGACUACAAAACAUUUUUUUUUCUUGAAAACUUUCCUUUAUUUCUCAUGAAUUUUCAAGUUGUUGUAAAUUUGCCCUUUUUUUCCCCUCAUAAAUUUAAGACUGUAAUCUUGAAGAUUUUGACUUUGUAGCCUAAAAUGCUUUUGGAAAACACAGUUUGCUAAAUGUCAUUAAAACAACAGAAUUCAGAGAGAUGAUAUUUUGUACAUGUUUUGCAAUAACUCCUGCCACACGUUAGUCCCACACAAACAAAAACAAAGACUUUAAAUGAACAUUUAAAAUUGAAAAUCUAUCAGUGAAAGACUAGAAACGGGAAAUAAGCGAGACCCCUGAAAGACAGUGACCAGAAGAUAAAAAAGACAUUCAGUUAUUCAGGUAAAACCGGUGUAUAAAACUGUUUUAAAAAGUCAUUUAAUGGAGAUUACUGAUGAUUGAGUGAUUGUUGCUGUAUACCCAAGCAGCCUACUUCUUCCUUAUUCUUAGAGCUCACUUUUAUCAACAGGCCUAAACCUAAAAUACUCCAAAAUAAUUCACUAGUUACACUUUAUCAGUUGGACUUGCCAUGAUUCACAGCUCACUGAGCUGAAGUGAUAGUUCCACCCGCCCUCUUGUGGUGCUUCUGUGCAUUACACUACAAUGCAUGACAUCAUUUCUGCAUCUGUAGCAUCAGGAAUUUAUCUUUUUUGACAUUAUUGAUAUUUCAGUAAAUAAUUUAGUUGUUUUUUUGUUUAUUUAAACGCAAAGAUGCUUGAAGCCACCUUCAAACUAGAGGCCUGUUGUUUUAACUGUAAAAUGCAUCACCCAGGACGGAUGCCACCCGCUUUCAGCAGAAAGAUCCAGCCAUCACGCCACCAGAGAGUCGUCCACUGCCAAUUCCCUGACACAGCCAUUCACUCAGAAUCCCAACGCCACUGUUUCAUCAACACAGUCAGAGGUCCACGCACAACAUGCCACUUAUCUCACCCCUAAAUGUGUGUAUGUCAUAUGCUAACUAAUACACACACAGGGUCAAAUCAGAUCACAGCACCUUUUUUUUUUUUUUUUUUGUUUUUUUUUUGUAUGUACUAAAGCAUUGCGAUAUAUGUCAAUACCCCAUCCGAUAUAUAGAAUGUAAUCACAUUUAUAUUACUAACAAGGCAGUAGCUGUUACAUACAGGCAACUUUAAUCCAACAGUUUCAAAGACAGUGUAUUUAAUACUGGGCAUAAUACUGUAAACUAGACCUAGUGCCAGGAAGGACAGCGAGGGAGUGAACUGCUCGAGACUGUUUCAGAGAAGUCGCGAGAUCAGAUCACACACAGGCUCAGUGUUUCUCCUGAACUAAAUGUCACGUUAACAGGAGAGGAAAAUAAAAACUAGGUUCUCACUUUAUUAAUGGCACUAUUUAUUCCUCCUUUGAUAUAUCUGUAUACAUUUGAAUAUAUACAUGUAUACUGUAUAUACAUAUUUAAGUGUUGACAUAUAUGAAUGUAUGAGCAAUGUGUCUAUAACGUGUAGGUAAUGUCAGUAUUGUCUCUAUAUAUCACGUUCUACUUGUAUGUAGCUCCUUCAUUCUUUCUGUUAAUUACAUGCACAUUAACAUUCAGAUAUGAUGUGCAUGUAUAAUGUUCUGUGUAAUUGUGAUAGUUUUUAUCGCAAUUGUGCAAAACGUGCUUAUGAUGGCAGGGUUGUUGCUUUUUUUUGUUGUUUGUUUUCCCGGUUUAGCCGCGAUACUGGGGCAUGUGAGCAUCGUCUCCAGCUAGCAUUUUGUGCAGCGUUGCGUCUUCAUGUCAGUGCAAAUGCAUUCAUAAAAUACCGCAAGAUGCAGGUGGCAUCAUCAGAUCAUUUGACCAUCACAUCCAAGGAUGCGCUCAUCGUAUCACCCAUUUCAUUUGGCAUUUUAGAAUAUUUCCAUCUUUUUUUUUUUUCUUCGAUGUUAAUGUUAGGAUUAAUAUACAGGUUUGUUUGGAGAACAAAGUGCCGUAUUUUUAGAAGUCAAUGGAAAGAACUGGUGUCUCUAAAACCUGCAAGGAACCAAUGGCCAAAAAAAGAAAUGGAAAAUUUAUGACCAAAAAAAGGCAGAAACAUCCAUAUCCGCGUACUUGAGGUAGGUUUGAAAAAUUAAUAAAAGGCAUUUAUUUUACGAGGCUAAAAAAUGAUAAAAAAAAAAUUCCUCCUGGACUUGGAUACUUUAUGCCUUUUGUUUUUGUUUGUUGAAUCUGGCUUAUGACGCGCUCGUUUGUGUUUUGCAGGAUGCAGUCUUUCCACUAGGGGGAGCUGCUCGGUUAUUGUUCAGCAAGAGGCUGGUGUUCACAAACGUUUGGUGGCAGAUUGGCUCUGCCAGACUGAUGUUUUAUCUUCUCAUGAUUGGUUGUUUUACUGUCAGGCAGCUGAUGGUGCUCUGACCAUUUGAAUCGGUUGUGCCGUAGAUAAAUGUGACGUUUGUAUAUUCGGCAAAGUUGCUCGUUUAAACUGCUAAAAGGAAGACCUCAAAGUGACACAUCCCAUUGUCUCACUGCCCAAACCUCUGAAUUAACAACUUUAAUGAAAGCAGAAGAUGGAAAUUUGUACCAUUAAAAUUUUGUUGUAUUUUAAAAGCAUUUAAGCUCUGCUUGCAUACAGGGAUAGUCACGAUUUUCACAUAUCAGAUUAAUAAAUAGUUUAGGCAAAUAAAUGGAUGCCUUGUGGGAUAUAGUAUUCCCCAACCAGUUGGUGAGUAGUUCCUAGAGCUUACUGUUUCUAGGAACCAGUCACCAGGUGAAAUUCAUCGCACAGAGGAUGCAGCACCAAAAAUCUCCUUGUAAACGUUUUGGUCACGAGCAGAUUUCCACAGUCACUUUAAGCUUGCAUGGAAGAUGCCAACUCCAUUUCCAAUUUGCAUCGCAAGUUUUACUACUGCUUGGUUAGUAGUCUGUGAGUGUUUGCAGAUAAGCUAUGAAUGACCAAAGCAAUCAUAAGGAGGUGCAGCACCGUAUACCCUCAGUUUCACCUAGUGGCUGCCAGCAGCAACCACUUGCCAACCAGUUGGGAGUACACAUUAAUCCCUCAUGGUUACCAGAUGGUCACUGACCAGUUUUAAUGUGACUGGGGCCUAAGAAGGUUUAUCCAAAACGAAGCAUUCAGUGUGAUUUUCAUCAAGGCAAAGGGUCCAAAAUAUCUACAUUUUAAUGUAUGAACUGUAGAUGGAAAAAUUAGCAGAAUUUUUUUUAUUGGUGAGUUUUGGCUCUGCAUUUUCUGCUUGUCAGGCAUUUAGCCCAGACAAAACAUUUUUACAACCUAAGGCCUCUCAUUGUGUUUUUAAUACGCCGGGGUUUACAGACAUCCUCGAUAUUUCUAUUAAUAUGGUGAAAUUUGUGACACGCCCACUUAAUGAGGCCAAACACACGUCUAAGACCAUAACCCACAACUGCGCACCGUUUCAAAGAAACCUGCUCAUCAACUUGGAAGCCACAACAAAACGUUGCACAUCACUUUCAGAUGUCUGAUAUGGUUAACAACCAAUCACAGCAGAGCGCCCUUCCAGCUGAUGCAGCUAGAACCAACCUUCAUCCAGCUUUGUCAUUCUUAAAUUUUCAAAGAUAAUUUAAAGUCUCCAAAAAUAAACGCUAACUAAAACCCUAAAAAGUCUUGAAGUUUUUUUUAGGCAUACAGCAGAAGGAUUAACUGCUAGUAUCUGUCUGCAAGUCUGCACAAAUUAAUCAC